GAGUAGUCCGUGUAGGUAUAAUGUAACAAGGACAUGUUAGUAAGCAAGAACUGUUGCUUGCACACUUAGCCAUUUGAUCCAUUUGUGAUUUGACAUUCUUAUUUCCAUGUGUUGUUUGUUGUUGCAUCAGCAGGAAAGAGAAGACAUCCUUGACGCAUUAAGUGGCCCCAGCGAUGAUGAGGACAGGGAUAAUGUGCCCAAAACAUCUGGUGAAGACUCCUCUGACGAAGAGCCUAUUAUGAAGAAUGUGCAGACCCGAUGCAGGAAAACUUACACGGCUGUCAGAGGAGAAACUGAACCUAGUAGCAGUGGUUCAUUAGGGGUUAGCAAGGUGAAGAAGAGAAAGGAUGGGUCAAAGAACUAUCAUGCUAAGAGGAACUUCUGCCUUUAUUGUGAAAAAUCAUAUGCCAAGAUCGCACGUCACCUGGAGCAAAAGCACUCCAGAGAGAGCGAAGUGGCCAGUGCCCUGGCCUGUCCCAAGAAAUCAAAAGAGAGAAGGGUACAAUUAGACUUCAUAAGAAGGAAGGGAAAUCCUUCCCACAACAUUGACGUGAUAAAGGAGGGAAAAGGGAUCAUUGUGCCAUGCAAACAGUCGAGCAGUGAGACACUGGACCCAAAAGAUUACAUGCACUGCGCCAACUGCCAAGGCCUCUUCAAGAGGAAGUUUCUUUGGAAACACAAUAAAGUGUGCACACUUGCACAGAAAAGCACCAGAACGGGAAGAACCCGAAUUCAAGCUCUCUGUGCAAAUGCACAGCCAAUUCCGAAUGGAGUCAGCUCCAAAGUCUGGGAGAUGAUAAACAACAUGUUUCAGGAUGAAAUAGCCGACACGGUCAAAAAGGACAAAGUCAUCAUUGCUCUCGGGGAGCAAAUGUUCAACAAAAAAGGUGGAAUGCAACAGGAGCACACUAGGCAGACCCUAAGAGAGCUGGGAAGAUUGGUUCUAGCAGGGCGCAAGGUCACUCCACUGACAAAGAUUGAACAGUACGUCAUGCCAUCCAACAUGGAUCAUUUAAUCAAAGCAGUGAAAAUAGUGGCAGGCUUUGAUGAAGAAAAAAAUGUCUUUAAAAAAUCGAACCUGGCCUUAAAACUUGGACACAGCCUAAAAAAAAUUGCUGAUCUCGUCACCUGUGAAGCCCUGAUAGCUGGGCAUAAGGAAAAAGCUAAUUCCACAGAAGACUUCCUUCAGAUUUACAAAACACGAUGGAAUGAAUACGUCUCUGCCUCUGCAUACCGAUCCUUGCAUGAAGCAAAAUGGAAUGCGCCCCAGCUCAUUCCAUUCACUGAAGAUGUGAAAAAAAUGCAUCUCUAUUCAGACGACAAACAGAAGGAGUACUCUCAUGUACUCUCUGGUGAUCAGACAUCAAAGAACUGGACCAAACUGGCACAAGUAAUUCUGACUCGGGUUAUCUUGUUUAACCGACGCAGAGAGGGAGAGGUCUCAAAGAUGUUUUUGACAAUGUUCUCAUCCAGAACCAGUACACCCCUCCAUGAUGAUGUGGCACAUGCCUUGUCAGACAUCGAAAAACAGCUGUGCAAAUACUUCACACGCAUCGAGAUUCGUGGCAAAAGAGGAAGAAAGGUACCUGUGCUACUGACGCCGGCCGUAGUAGAGUCGCUUGAAUUGCUGACGAAGCAGAGAUCUGCAUGUGGAGUGCCGGCAAACAAUCACUUCCUUUUUGCCAGGCCUGGUACCGUUAACCACUUGAGGGGGUCAGACGCUAUUCGUCUGUUCGCCCGAGUCUGUGGAGCCCAGCGACCAGAUUCUCUCUCAUCAUCCAAAUUGCGAAAGCAAGUGUCAACACUGUCAAAGGUGCUAAACCUCAAUGACACAGAGCUAGAUCAGCUAGCAGAUUUCCUCGGCCAUGAUAUCCGGAUCCAUCGGCAAUAUUAUCGCCUGCCAGAGGGAACUUUGCAAUUAGCAAAAAUUAGUAAGAUCCUCAUGGCAUGUGAACAAGGACGCCUUGCGGAAUUCAAAGGGAAGAGCCUUGAGGAAAUCUCAAUUGAGCCAAAUGAAACAGUUGAGAUCCCUUCAACAUCCCCCCAUGCAGAAUUGCAGGAUGCAGACGAAGAUCCUACACCGGGCGGAUCUCCACAACCAGCAGGAUCUCCCCUACCAGCCAGACCGCCGCUACCAGCCGGAUCAACACUACCAGAAACUGGUGAGCCCUCAUUAGAAAUGGAUGACGUAGAACAUCCAUCACCAGCAGCAGCUGAGAUUUCAGAAGUAUCUAGAAGUUCCCAGUCAACAAAAAGAAAAUGGACCCAAAUAGAGGUGGCAGCUAUCGAGGCUAAAAUGGGCCGAUUCAUCAGGGAAGGGAAAACUCCUGGAAAGGAGGAGUGCCAGGAAUGUAUUGCCAGUUCUCCCGAAGCCCUGAAAAGUAGGGAUUGGAGGGCAGUUAAAUUCUUUGUUAGAAAUAGAAUAGUCUCCUUGUCCAGGAAAACUUUUAAGUAAGUUUGUGCUCUUUAAGAUUGACUUUUUCAGGUCAAAUCGUUCUUGAAUCGACCUCUGAAGUAUAAGUCCCGCCUCCGAGGCUCCGGUUCCCUCGUCAAAUGUCUGGGAAAUAACUUGGUGUUUUUGAAUGAUCGUACAUAACGAGCUCUGUAGGUGGCGAAGAAGUAAAAGCUGUGUCACGUUUUGAACUACACACUUUUUUCCCAUCUAGUUUCGACUGGGUUUUUGGAUUGUCGGUGCCCGGGUGCCGUUAAAGCAGCAUUUCUAAUCAU